AGUGCUGCGUGUUCCGCUUCAGUCUGACAGGAACUUGAUUGCUGCAGUCACAUGGUACACAGUGACAUCACUCCUCCUUCGGUCACAUGACUGUGAUGUCAGCAAAGGUCCUUUAGGCCCCCGGAAUCCGGCAUCUCCCGUUCGGCCAGGCAGAGUUGGAGCGGUGACCAACCCGGUCAGGGACACGGCCGCUUCCUCCAUUAGAUCCUGUUUUUGAAUCUGCUGCCUGUCACCAGCACAAACCCAAAAAAGGCUCCUAACAGUCUUCCAUCUUCUGGAGCGGUCUAAUUUGUGCUGAGGAAAUGGCCGGGAGAGGAGCAGCGAGGCCGAAUGGUCAGUCACAGGCCAGUAAGAUCUGCCAGUUCAAAUUGGUUUUGCUGGGUGAAUCUGCAGUUGGGAAGUCCAGUCUGGUACUGCGCUUUGUCAAGGGACAGUUUCAUGAAUUCCAGGAGAGCACAAUUGGAGCUGCAUUUCUUACACAGUCUGUGUGUUUGGAUGACACAACUGUAAAAUUUGAGAUCUGGGAUACAGCAGGACAAGAGCGAUAUCAUAGCCUGGCACCUAUGUACUAUCGGGGAGCCCAAGCUGCAAUUGUGGUUUAUGACAUUACCAACCAGGAGACAUUUGCCAGAGCAAAGACAUGGGUUAAAGAGCUGCAGAGACAAGCCAGUCCUAACAUUGUGAUCGCGCUGUCUGGCAACAAGGCUGACCUCACUAACAAACGUAUGGUGGAGUAUGAGGCAACCCAGGCAUACGCAGAUGAUAACAGUCUGUUGUUUAUGGAAACCUCCGCCAAGACGGCUAUGAAUGUGAAUGACCUGUUUCUUGCAAUAGCUAAGAAGCUGCCAAAAACCGAGCCCCAGAACACCAGUGGGGCAGCUGGUCGGAGCCGAGGUGUGGAUCUCCACGAGCAGACGCAGCAGAACAGGAGCCAGUGCUGCAGCAAUUAACAGGAGAACAAAUGGUAUCCAAGAUAAAGAUAACCUUUCCUUCUGCACCUGCCCUUCCACGCUUCAGAAAUACAACUAAACACCUUUCCAGCAGCUCACUCUUCUGCCAGGACUUUCCUUCUACACUUACCAACGGAUAACCACACACAUGGGAACAAAGCAACCGGCUUGAACCUUCCCCUUCUACCUCCCACACCACUGCAGCCCUUGGAGAGCUCCCUGCUAACUGCACUUUUGUGGGUUUGAAUUGUUUUGUUCUUCUUAACGCUUCCAACAAACACACACAGACUACUCUUGGUGACACAGCAAAAAGGAUCGCAUCUGGGGACCGGACCUCCUGAAUAGAGCAAACGAGAAAAGAAGCAAAAAAAAACAAUACAUAAAAAAAACUUGAUACUACUCUGUAUUAUAGCUGCAUAUAGUGACUUUAAUAUUGAUUUUGUUUUGGUUUAAUGUAAGUGCCCCCCCACCCCCUCCCUUCCCCCAAUCCAUCUACUUUCUGCUUUCUUCUCCUAUUUCUCCUUGUUUUGCAGCCCUUCAUGUACUCGGUAGAUCUUCAGAUUUCACAGUAGCCUCACGUUUCUUACAUCUUAUUUACUAUAUGCUUUGCCUAAGAAAUGCAUUUUGUGUGCCUGGACUUUGACGGCUGUAGCUGGUAAACGAUCCAUUCAUGAUGAACCCAUAGUAAGGUGCUUUUAGCGAACACAUGGACGUUUGCAUAGAAGCGGGUGGUGAAGCGAUGGGGAUGUUGGCAUUUUACAGGCGUAUAUGAGAUUUGUGUAUCAUAGUAAGCACUGCAAGUUGCGAGUUACUCUUCUGUUGGUGGGGAAUGUUUGGCUUCUUAUGUUUUCUCCUUCCAGGCCUGUGGCCUUUAAUGAAGUAGUAAAAAUCUACAUUCAUUCUCUAUCGUAAUUUAAAAACAAUUUUGUGCCUGAAAUUUUAAAGCACAUAAAAUGGCUUACAAAAAAAUUCUGGAAGGAAAUGGAGUGUUUGUAGGUUAGGAUAAUCAAAAUGCUUUUAGCAGUUUGAAAUGGUUAAUACCACUGUGUUCAGGGAUUUUAUACAGCAUCAGUGUUUUUACAAGGGAAUUGGAGAACGUCAAUGUCUGAGCAUAGCCAGCUCCUCUGUUUGACCUAAUGCAGCACUUCUGUAAGCGCCUGUGCACGGUGGUUAGUGUGGCAUACAGCACUAGUGAUAGAAUUGGAGGUUUCACGACCUGGAGACACGUACUGCAAGUAACUGUCUGUAAGGUAUGCGGUUAAAUUACCAGCUGUCGCAAUCCUGGCGGUCAGGAUACAGACGCCAGAAUCCCAACAGCCAGGUAAAUGCCAGCAGUCGGAAUCCCAACCCAAGCCCGGUAUUCCGACCGGGGUGUGGUGCUCCACGCCACCACCUGAGGGUGGAAUACCGGGCCCAAAGCGGGGUGAGCAGACAUGCUGCGCUCGCUGCCGCGCUCUCUGCGUCUGUCUCCUGACCUCCGGGAUCCUCUACCGAUCCCAUCUGUAAAACCUGCUUCAGCAUGGAAAUUGUCUAGGAGGACUAAAUGUUUACCACUUUAUUUAACAAGCACUUGUACAAGUAACACAAACCUAGAACAAAACUUGAUUUGAAAAUGUUUAAAGAAAUUGCACAUUGUUAGUUUACGUAGGGUGGGAUAAAUAUGUGAAAGGUUCAAUUAUAGUCGCUCCCUCCAUCUGACAAGGCCAGGACAGGAAGGUCCAUCUGUAGCAUUGGCCAUGACUGUUUAGAUGAAGCUGCCCCAGUUAUGAGGCUCUCCUGCUCAGGCUGCUGUUACAGAUACUGCGGGACCUGCCAGAUUGGGAGAGCAAAGGUGACGUUUUUUCCUGAACCCACCUGAAACUAAGAAUUGUGUUUAAAUUUCUAAAAAUAUAUUUAUUAUUUAAUAGUGUCAAAGGCAGUCACUGACUGGGCCCCCUCCCUCCAUUAAAGGCAGUCACUGACUGGGCCCCCUCCCUCCAUUAAAGGCAGUCACUGACUGGGCCCCCUCCCUCCAUUAAAGGCAGUCACUGACUGGGCCCCCUCCCUCCAUUGAAGGCAGUCACUGACUGGGCCCCCUCCCUCCAUUGAAGGCAGUCACUGACUGGGCCCCCUCCCUCCAUUGAAGGCAGUCACUGACUGGGCCCCCUCCCUCCAUUGAAGGCAGUCACUGACUGGGCCCCCUCCCUCCAUUGAAGGCAGUCACUGACUGGGCCCCCUCCCUCCAUUGAAGGCAGUCACUGACUGGGCCCCCUCCCUCCAUUGAAGGGUUUUACUAUGGUUAUCGAUUAAUAUGUUUUCCUUUGUUUUGUAAUAUUAAUUCUGAAGCGUAUUAAGUACAGCAAUGGCUGCCUCCAGCAGCAUGCACUUUAGUUCAGAAGUUGUAAAUUAGCUCUGAUGAUCACUUAGACACAUUGUCUGCUUACUUCUGUAUGUUACUGUGGGUUUCAUUCCCUGCUGUGCUGUCUGUGGCUGAUCUCACACCGUUCAUUAGAGCUCACGGCUUUCCUGUGGAUUUCGAUUAUAUUAUCUUUUCACCCAUCACUGCGUUUAUUUUCUCCAAUCGUUUACAAGGGUAUUCUAAACAAGCCAGUGUACCAAAUUACACUCGAGUGUGGCUUUAGUCUCCUCUAUACACCAGUUGGCAUGGCGGGUAUGUGCCUUCCUGUGUGUGUGCGCUAAGUGUUCUUACUAAUGUCUGUGGCUUUAUGGAUUGACAGUUUUCUCUUGAAAUGUGCCUUCCUUCCAUAGCUGGACUGGAAUGUUUUUAAGUGUCAUUAUUCUAAUUACAUUUUGUAUGACCUCAUUUAAAUAGGACACAAAGUAGGGUUUAUCUAGGUAGUGUUCUUUCAUGGUCCUGUUGAUCAGUGGUUCUCAAACUUGGUCCUCAGAACCCCACACAGUUCACAUUUUCCAGGUCACCUGGAAGGUGCACUGCGUAUCAGCAAAUGUCACACAGGUGACCUGGAAAACAUGAACUGUGUGGGGUCCUGAGGGCAGAGUUAGAGAGCCUGUGCUAUAGAUCAUAUGUUGACAUGGAAUGUGUAGAGGGUUAAACAGCACAUGCAUGACAAAGCUUAGAACAUGUCCUAGAGGUCCUCCACUUUGACUUGCAUGUCCAAAACACACACUAUAGGUUUUCUAAGGGUUUCUAAUCACUGAACUGGAGCAGAAACACUGUGCUGCAGUUGUUAAUUCACCCUAUGUAUAACUUUUUUUUUGUUUUGUUUAUUUCCUAGAACAGUUGUCCCCUUUUUUGCUCUAAAGUGGAUUAAUGUUAAUGCUGCUCUUUGUUUUCCAGGCAGAAAGGGUUAAUUAUUCACAUUCUUCAAGCUGCACUUUUUACAAUGAAACCUUUUGUGCAAUGUCAAUAAAUAACCCUAUGCACUGCUAUUGUUUGGUUGGCGUUACACUACAGUCAUAAUACCGACAGCAGGAUUCCGACGGUCAGGAUCGCGGUACGUAUUUUUACCCUAAUCCAGCCUUCACGCAGCCUAACCCUAACAGUCCCUACCAACAGCCUAACCCUAACCUCCACCCUUCCCUCCAGCCUAUCCCUAACCCUCCCUCUAGUGCAGGGAUGGGGAACCUUUGCUCCCCAGGCUGUUGUUGAACUACACAUACCAGCAUGUUCUACUACAGUUUUGCUAUUUGGCCAUGCUAAAACUGUUGCAAGGCAUGCUUAGAUGUGUAGUUCAACAACAUCUGGAGGGCCAAAGGUUCCCAAUCCCUGCUCUAGUGCCCAUCCCUAACACCAAGGCCAGUACUUACCUUCGGGAUUCCUGUUGCCAGGAUCCUGACCGCAUCCUGUCUAGGCUUCUCAUAAAUGGAUGGUUUGGAGUUUCCUGUAGCAAUCCGUAAGGAUAACAGAAAAUAUUACUUGGCAUAUACAAGUCAGUGAAUGUUAUGCACUGGACUUGUUUGGGUGUUUUCUCAAAUUAUUUCAACCACUCACUUUGUAUAAGCACACUUUAAACCUCUGUAAUGGUGGGGUUUAGAUCUUCUGAAGCAUGGGUUCUCUCCCAAGGUAAACCCAAUCCAUCAGAAAAGUUCUCACCUUGAUUCCAUAAACUGGUGUGAUUCUCUUGGAAGCCUCAACUAUGGCAAUGGCUUAUUGCUAAAAGAACUUUUAAAGCGUUUGAUGUUUCCAUUUAUGGUGGCCAGACACUCUGUACAAUAUUGCACAAUUAGCUUGUGAUCCCACAUACAUAAUGAUCACAAUAUCCAAUAAUAAUGUGAUUGGAUGAUUAUUGACAAUGAUGGUAAAAGAUAAUGAAAGAUAAUCACUAUCAACCUUUAUGAAUGGUAUUCUACCAACCACAUUUCUAGGGCCCAAUGAUGCCAGCGGGAAUCCAACCGCUUGGCCUGAAGGGCUAGACAGAAGGAUCUCGUGUUUUGCAGCAGGUACAACGUGAGCACUCCUGCCUUACUGUAAGCCAUUCUGUGGAUAUUCACAGUCCUGAGAGAAAGCUGCUGCUAUGGCACAGUGACUUGUGUGUAGCAGAGCUUACUUGGGCAACAAGUAGUCCCUCUUCUGCCUGUGGAGCAUGGGAGUUGUUUACCGUGAUUUCAAAAAUGGUUUUAAUAAUCAUUUUGUAGCUUACUGGAAUGUGAUAUUUUAACCAUGAAUGGUAAAAAAAAAAAAAAAAAAAAUAGUUUGCAAGUAACAUACUUUAAGCAUGUCACUGAAAGUCUACUAUUCAUUAAGUACAUAUCUAACAUUUUUGUAAAACAUGGCUUUAGAUCAGUGGUUCCCAAACUCUGUCCUCAAGUACCCCCAACAGUUCAUGUUUUCCAGGUCUCCUCACAGGAUUGGAAGUGAAAUAAAUUACUCCACCUGUGGGUCUUUUGAAAUAUGUCAGUGAGUAAUGAAUACACCUGUUCAACUGCUAGGUGACCUGGAAAACAUGAACUGUUGGUGGUACUUGAGGACCGAGUUUGGGAACCACUGCUAUAGAUAAACAUCUCAAGUCCAGUGCUUUGGCCUCACUACUCCUCACCUCACUACUAUACUCAUGGUCAUGGACAGCUGAGACCUUGGGAUUGUGCAUGUUAGGUUUGUUUUUUUGCACCCUGUUGUAUGUAGUGGAAACUUGGACCAAGUUGGUACAUUGCAGCUUUGAAAGUUAAAAUACCCUGAAUUGUAAUGUAUUUGUUCUCCUUUAAUCAUCUUUGCAUUAAAACAAAAAUCUAACUUCAGUUAUAAUCACAAUGGACAUAUACCCCUGAUCUACCAAUGUAAUUUAAUGUAAGUAAAAACAGACUGUGUGUGUGUGUACUGUAUAUUAAAUGAACUUCGCUUCUUAACAA